CACUAGUAGAACAAUUAAAUUAUAUGCAGGAUAUUAUACCCCCGGAACUACAUACAUGAUAUAGUGAUCAUAUGUUAUCGAUAUGGCUUAAAUGACAAAAAUGCUUAAUAAAUUACAUCUCAUUCGUUGGAAAAAACGACGAUUUAUUACCACAAUAAAAACAUUUCUUAUUUAACGAUUAUAACCAAAGCUUCACUGAAGUUGUAUUGAUAAUAUUUACAUCAAAAUGGCGUCGGUAAAAGUUGCUGUUCGCGUACGGCCUCUAAACCAAAGGUGUGUAUAAAUUUUUGGCGCAAUAUUUUGAACUAUAUUUAUGGUUAGAGGUUUAUAUUACUACGUAAUUUUCUCAAUAUAGGGAAAACGAAAAAGCUGCUUCAAUUAUCAUCGAAAUGGAGGGAAAAAAGACGAAAAUUUCGAACUUUAAAGUAAGUACUACGUCGCGUGAUCGGGUCAUGGACAAGUUUGUUUCAAAAUGAACGUGAUUUCGUUUUAUUUUACCGGUAAUAUAUCGUUUUAAAUAUUGCACUUUGAUCUCCCUUUUUAGGCUAGUUCGGUAGAAAAAGUUAAAGAGUUUACAUUUGACCAUUCGUACUGGUCUGCUGAUCGACGAAGCAGAAAUUACUCGAAUCAAGAAAGGGUAUAAUUAUAUUUUUACUUUCAUUUUUAAACAUAGAAAAAAUGCUUUCCUUCCAAGUAAAUUCAAUAAAAUAGUGUACAUUACAAUGCUAUAUUAUUACAGUAAGUGUCAUGUUGUCAACAUAGCUCUUUAAAUCUCGCUUGUCUUUUUAUAAUAUUUUGUCUAUCCCCCAUGAUCUUUUGACUUUGUUAUGAUGGUCUGUGGAAUAUUUGAUUAGCUCUAGUUAUUUCCGGAAUUUGUCAUCCUGCUGUCAUAUCCCAAGGAAUUUGUACAUUUAUAUUUUAUCAUGUGCUAUGAUUGUGCAAUAAUUGACUGGCUGUAAAAAGCUAUAAAUUCGAGAUGAUUUUCAUAAAUUUGUUACAUAAAUGUUGCAAUUGAAUAUUAACUAUUCUAAUUGAUCUGAUUUUAGAAUAAGUCAGGCAUUAUAUUUUUUGUUUGGAAAAAGCUUUUUAAAUUUAUAUAUUAGGUACACAUUAUAAAAUUCCUUCAGGGCUUAUGUAAUGGAAUUGUUUGGAUAAUUGUUAAAUUUUAGCCCAUGUUUAUAUUAAAUAUAAGUUUAUUAUCAUUAAACCAUGCUGUUAAAAAAACACUUUUUAAUACAGCCUUCCGGAAAGUACAUCACUUUGGCUAUAGAGCCUCAUUUUUGUGUAUGUGACAUUCAGUGGCAUAACUAGAGCAUUAAUUGGGGGGUGGGUGUAUAUUCAUAUAUUCGUGUUCUGCCCGACAAAUUUCUUUUGAAAUGAACUUAAAAACAAAGAAAUUCAAAAGAAAUUUGUUGGGCAGAACACGAAUAUAUGAAUAUACACACCUGGGCAAUUAAUGCUCUAGUUAUGCCUCUGGUGACAUUAGUUAAAAGUUUAAAACCCAAUCUCUCAAUCAUAAAAACAAGGCUCUAUAACCAAUGGGAUGUACUUUCUGGAAGCGCAUAUUGAAUUUGUUCACUAUGCCCAAGUCAAGCAAUUUGAUAUGUGUUGUACAUGUUUUAGGUGUUUAAUGAUCUUGGUUCAAUGAUUCUAAAAGCAGCAUUUGAAGGAUACAAUGCGUGUAUUUUUGCAUAUGGCCAGACAGGUUCAGGCAAGACAUACACGAUGAUGGGAGACUCGGUAUGAUUUUAUUUCUCCCAGUUAGUUGAUGAUAUAAUUGUCCAUGAUUGUUCAUGUUGUUUGUCAUUCCAUAACACAGUCUCUCUUUGCAGCAAAAAGACCCUGGUCUUAUUCCCAGGAUUUGUGAGGUAAUAAAUUUAGAAAAUAGUUAUUGUAACUAUAACUGAUAAUAAAUGACCAUUAGCUUCUCAUCAGCUUGUAAAAGAGGUAUUUAUUAAUUUUCUGUCAUAUCUAGGCAAUGUUUUCAAAAAUGAAUGCAAACAAAGACCAAGGGGUUUCAUAUCGAACAGAAGUGAGGUGCGAAUUAAGUUUCAAAAAUACUUUUCUUUCUGUGUGAUGUGCAUAAGUUUUCAUUUAACCCAUUCAAUCCCUACACUUUCCCUUGACUUAUCUGAUGUUAUAAGACCAUCUAAGAAAGAAAUUAAAUGAGGACACACUACACUCUAUAGGUAUUGUAUGUUUACAUUGCUUUAUGUAUAUAUUCAGUUAUCUAGAGAUUUAUAAGGAACAUGUGAGAGACCUGCUUCGUCCUCCAGCAAAAGGAACGACACAACACAAUCUGAAGGUUCGAGAGCAUCCAAGGGACGGCAUUUAUGUUCAAGGUACUAUAAUAUUCCCCACUGACCACUUCCUCCCCUAUUAUCAGCUAGUCUUUGGACCAUGUGCCAGAAGCUGUUUACCCAGAAUAUAAGACUGCUGUAGCUCUCUCAUAGACACUAUGCCUCAGCUGGUGGUCAGCCCUCAGCCUACUAGAUCGACUUGAAUUCAUCACUGUAUGCAUUCCUGCAAGCAAUUCUGAAAAACAACUUCACAAACUUUUCUGUCUUGUAUAGAUCUCACAAAACAUCUUGUCUCAGACUUCGAAUGCAUUCAUAACCUGAUGAUUGAAGGCAGUAAUGUGAGGUAGGAAGAACAGUGCAUGACAUUUUUGUGUUGUUAAUAAAUAGGUUUUCUCUGUAAUUAUAUUGUUUUGGGUUAUAUUACAUGUAAUUGUCUAGUAAUUGCUCCAGCAGUCAGUCUUUGUAGUAAUGAAAUGAGUCAAUAUCUCAAGAGCUUAAGCAAGCAAUAUUUUUGCCAAUUCAAUGUCACACAUACAUAAUUACAUUGUUAAUUAUGGUGUCAGCAGUCUGCUUGACAAAAUCAAGAAUGGCAGUCAGUGCAAUUUCAUGUUCAUGAUUUCAAACAAGAACGGCUUAAAUUGUCAUCUACAUUAUGCUCGAUUUACUUCCGGACAGCAUUCACAAAUUAAAAACAUUGCUUGUUUGAACUCUGUAAUAAAUUGUAAAAAUCUAAUUUUUAUUUUUACCAGAGUGACAGCAAGUACAAACAUGAAUGACGUCAGCAGCAGAUCUCAUGCUAUAUUCACCAUCAGUUUCACCCAGGUAUUGUCUAGGUUUCUUACACCUUUCCGGCACAUAUACCAAAGUUCUGUAUGGUUUUCAAGAUCUUUCUUUUUUUAGGCAAAAUUUGACCAUGACAUGCCAAGUGAAACUGUUAGUAAAAUCAACCUUGUUGAUCUAGCAGGAAGGUUAGAAAUUUCAUAUUUUUUCAACCAAUUUCCGUUUUUGAUUCGUCUUUCCUGAUGAAAAUUAUGAACUAGAUAUGUAUGAAAAAGCGUGAAGUUAUUGAGCCUGAAUGCCUGAUAUAGGUUUUCUCUUAUCUAUCAAAAGGGUCCACAAUAUAUUUUUCAAAUUCCAUGCUUACUUCAUACCUGUUUCUCUGUUGAAAAAUUUGUUUAUUGCAAAAUUUUGGUAAUGUACAGGUAUGUUUUGUGCACACUCAAUUGAAAUGUUUCUUAAAUAACCACAUAAAACGAGUCUGUGUAGUUCUCUAUGUAAGUCAUUUGAAGUUUUCUGUGCGUACACGUACGUUGAAAAACGGAGCCUAAAGACCGAGUCUCUUGUGUUUCAGUGAGCGAGCAGAUGCUACGGGUGCCACAGGAGAGAGAUUGAAGGAAGGUGGACUGAUUAACAAAUCUCUUGUCACGCUGGGAACUGUUAUAUCACAUUUAGGUAAUGAGAAAAUUACAAUUGGUGAAAUAAUCUUUCUCAGGAUUUUGGGCAUCCUGUUCUUAAAAUCUUGAUAUUUACACAUAUACCUAACACUCAGGCAUCACCUAAUACUACAAGAACUUCUGGUUAAUGCUUGGUAACUGGACUGCACAGCUCAGUGGUCAGAGGGCUGCACCAGGUGGCGAGCGUUAACGAGGCCCACCAAGGCCAAGGGGUUAUGACCGACAGGCGACAUUCCUUAAAAAGAGGCGACAGACUAUCUAAAAAAGAGCGACAAACAACAGCUUCUGACUGGGAAAAAGCGACAAAUUACGAUUUGUGUUAUGGGUUAAAAGUGACAGCGACAUUUAUUACAAUAAAACUAGCGACAAAGUCAAAGCAGCCACAAAAUGAGUGACAAGCGACCUGGGUUACACCCUUGGUGGGCCUCGUUAACCACAACUAUAAGUUGAUGCAUGUAUGGAUUUUCGGGUGUGCGGGUUAUGAUAAGACGCACUUGAAAUAUUUCUUCUGCACUUCACUUGGUUCAAACUGAAUAUUGAAGUACUAUUUAAAACAUGAGCAGCAGUGUUUUAUCAGAUACAAUGAUACGAGGCGAAGCCGAGUAUCUUUAGGUCUGAUAAAACACGCACUGCGAAUGUUUUAAAUUGCUUCAAAAACGAUCGAUCUAGUAAGUUCGAUCAUUGGCGAAGUAAUUUUCAAAAAAUACGUUGUGUAAGUCGAGAAAAUCGAAGUUAAAGUUUAUGUAAAUCAAGGGAAAUCUCUCACACACAAAGAUACGACACGCUUACGAUUUUUCUUUGUGUUUGCCCCAUAAAUUAUUAAUGCGUUUUUGAAGAAAAAAACCCAGAAAACACUUUUAUAAAAAAAUCUUUCUUAAAAAAUCGGCCUAAAGUUGCAUUUUGCGUACUUGUUCCCGGUUAGAUCUAAAGUUGUAUAUAUUUUUACGUCCGAAAAUUAUAUAAGAUUUGUGAUUAGAUAUUUGUCUAUAUAACAGCUACAAAAACCCUUCAUUUAAUGAAAAGCGCAUUUUCCACGAGAACCGACUAAUCUUUUACUGGAAGUACAGUAAAGCCUUGUUUUAUACACUAUCAAAGUUUAUGUGAUCACAUGCAGUAGGAAUUUUGCAUCAUUAGGUAAAUUCUAAGUUUUGAAGGAUUUGUAAGAAAUGUUUGAGGAAACUGACUCAGCGUUAAACACUAAGUUAGUUCUCUCAAACAUUUCUUACAAAUCCUUCAAAACUUAGAAUGUACCUACAAUCUUUGCCAGAAACUAUGGGACAGCUGCUGUAAUUUCAUAUAAUUUGAAAGGAAUAGCGCCCCCCGUUCCCCCAGUUCAAUGUUGGGCCAACAAAAAUCUGAUGUCUGGAUGCGCGGCGCCAACAUUGAAACGGGUGGGAGGAGGGAGGGUGGAAAAUAUGUAUCAGGAAAUGGUAUAUUACAACCGAAUGCAUGUGAAAACUAGAUUGUCCCAAUCUAUAUUGUCAAAGAUUGUAUAUGCAAAAUUCCUACUGUGAUCACAGAAACUUUGAUAGUGUAAAUCAGUCUGAAGUAUACUUCCGUCAGCUGCUCCCGAGCUGAGUAAUUACUGUUCGGUACACGGUUGAAUGCACUGCAAAACAAUCCAAAACGUAAAAUUACAGUCGUUAAUUUUGUAAUGGCAUUCCUUGGUUUUGUUUCGCAUGCAAAUUCAUCUUCGAACUUUUACAAUUGCAAUUUCACAUGUGUGCAAGACAAUGAAUGAAUGAGCUAUGGAUUUCCGUCACUGGGUGUCAAUGUUGCAGCGUUCAUCUUCAAGUAUUUAUACUGCUAGCUAUAGCUGAAGCAAUGUAAUAACAUGAAUAAAACUUCUGUAAAGUAUAGAAAUACGAAAAGCAUAUCAAAUUUGACGAGAAUCCUCCAGUAUGGCCUAUAUUUCAGUAAGUGUUACGGAACGGCAGAUGUUGUUCAAAUUUUGACACUUGCACUAGGAGCAAGCUACCAAGCUACAUCUCUUCUUCUGUUUAUUUGUCACCAAAUACAAUACUACUACAUCUAAUGAAGAGAACUAACAUCAUUUUCCCAAUAACUGCCAUCGUCUAUUGACCACUCUCUGGUCCACGAUAGUGCUUAAAUUAAACAGUUUAAGAAAGCUUCGGAUUGAUAGGGAUACAACGACCUGAAAAAUACAAGGAGAACUUCGACGUUUCGAGCGAAAGCCCUUCGUUGGGAAGUUAGUAGUAAACGUAGUCAGUCACUAACUUCCCAACGAAAACCUUCGCUCGAAAAGUCGAAGUUUUUUACUUGUAUUUUUCAGGCAGUUGAAUCCCUAUCAUUCCGCCAUUUUUUUUUGGUGGAAAAUUUUCCUGAGUGGAAAUUUUUUCGUUGAAAAUUUUCAACUUUUAACAAUGAUAUUUUCGUUAAAUUUUCUGCUAUGGACAACUAAUAAUAUUAACUUCAAACGUUUUUUAAAUUCCUUUUAGCUGACGUUUCCAUGCAUCCACAAAAGAAGAUAUUUAUUCCUUAUCGGGAUUCAGUGUUGACGUGGUUACUGAAAGAUAGUCUGGGAGGAAAUUCGAAGAAAGUUAUGAUUGCAAGUAUGUCCAUAAACACUCUGCAGAAUUAGUCUUAGCGAUACGAUGCAUGGUAGUUAUCUGGUUUCCUAGACUAAUUUUCUAGGCUGUUGUGCAGGAAUGAAUACUCGUGUAGGAGGAAUGACAGUUGAGAGGUUCAAAUUUAACUUUCACUACCGCUGUCAUUAACCAAUCAGAUACGUUUAAUCUACCAGAUUAACCAAUCUGAUAUGUUUAAUCUACCAGAUUAACCAAUCAGAUACGUUUAAUCUACCAGAUUAGCCAAUCAGAUACGUUUAAUCUACCAGAUUAACCAAUCAGAUACGCAUUAAAGCCUUGGGCAAACUAGGAAACAUUGUUGCGGAAACAUUGUGAUUCGCCAAACUAACUUUUAAGAGAGCUGGGAAUAACAGUACCCAACCCGACAAAUUGUUAGAUUGAAAGUAAAAAACAUUUUUCAAUGUCAAUUUUGUUUAGCUAUUUCACCCGCGGACAUCAACUACGCAGAAACAUUAAGUACUCUGAGAUAUGCAAACCGCGCGAAGAAUAUCAUUAAUAAACCCACGGUGAACGAAGAUGCUAAUGUGAAGUUGAUACGAGAACUCAAGGCUGAAAUUGAUCGUCUCAAGGCUAUGGUUAAUCCGGUGAGAAAAAUAUUUUGUUUUUAUGAUUUUAACCAGCAGCGUCGCUGUUACCAUCUACAUCACCUCCACCAAGAUCACCACCGCUACAAAUAAACCCCUUCACUAGUAUGUACUGUAUAACCACCAUCAACACCACUAUCGUUUUCACUGUCAUUACCACCAACAUCGCCAACACCACCACAACACCAUCACCAGUAUGUAUCACCAUCAUUUUCACUCUCACAAUCGACAUCACCAAUACCACAAUUAACACCAUCACUAAUAUCUGUCACCGCCAUCAACACCCAUCAUUUCCACUGUCACCAUCAACAUCAUCACCAUCACAAUUUACACCUGUAUCACCAUGCAUCAUCAACAAUAUCGUUUCCAACGUCACCAUCAACUGAUCAACAUUACCACAUUGUCAAUAUUUUGAUGCAAACAUAGCAACUACCAAAAAUUUGAUCCUUAAAUAGAUCAAAUUUUCGAUAUCCCGGAGCCCGAAAAACUAUGAACACGACCCACGUUUCACUGCCAAUAUUUACUAUUCUCAUUCGAUGCUUUGUUGUACCUCCCGACUAGUUUUCGGAUUUUUAAUACAUCUGAAAAUAUUCCCUUUCACAUUUGAGUAUCGUAUUAGUGAUAUUUACUCCAAAUUUAUUGGUUGAUUCUACAGGAAGCGCUCGGGACAGCAGAACUGGCAGCGGCAAAGAAACUAUCAGAAAACGAAGCGAGAGUUAGCGAGCUUACCGACAAGUGGAAAGACAGAUGGCGAGAGACACAAAAGAUUUUAGAAGUAAGCUUUUGUUUAGUACUUUCAUAUGUUCAAUAAAUUAUAAAAUUUAGUUGUCGACCGUUCAAUUAUUCAAUCAGUCAUUAAUUCACUUGUUUUCAACCGUGCUUGUAUUGUUAUGAUGUUAUAGGAAAGAGAAAUGGCUUUACAAAGAGAAGGUGUUGGAAUCAAAAUGGAUUCAUGUCUUCCUCAUCUCGUUGUGGUGGACGAUGAUUUAUUCAGUACAGGAAUCGUUGUUUAUCAUUUAACAGUAUGUUAUCAAUUACUUACAUUCUAUGUAAUCUAACUUUUACAUUGUAUUCUUACCCUCUGUUGUCAAAGGUAGUAUAAGAUUUACUGUAGGCCUUCUAUUUUUAAUUCCAUCGCAAUUUUCGUCGCUAUUUAAUUAUAUGAAUUUUGACACCACUUUACAGUGAGGAAGUUAGGAAGAAAUUAGGGGCGGAACUGGAGCAAAGGAAUGGCACUGGCAAGAAAUAGAAGCUCUGACGCCAUGCCUACUAAAUGCCAGCCCAAGGUUGACCAAUACUGUCAAAGUCAGCGAAGUAACAUUAACUUUCUUAUUACGCUUAACAGGAAGGUCGGACGACCGUUGGUCGAGAAGAUGCAUCUCAAAAACAAGACAUCGGUAAGUUCACAACUUUUCCAAUGGUUUACACAGUCCAUUCAUCUCUUCAGUUUCCCUAGUCUUCUGGCCCCCUUUCGUCCAAGCUUCAAAAUAAUAAAAUAUCUCUGACCUGUUCUCCUUCAUCUCAUAUCAUGUGUCCAUACUAUCUCAGCCUUGUUCCCCACAUCUUCUCUGCAAUGUUUACGACCCCAUAUCUUCUGAUCCCUCCAUUCCAUAAUAUCUCUGAUCAACUUUCCUUCAGUUCUUAUUACGUAUCCGCAACAUAAUUCUAUAUUUUCAUAUUUCAGUAAUCAGUGGACCAGACACAAGCAAGGAACAUUGUAAUAUUGAGAACACGACAGGCAAUGUUGUCCUAAACCCUCUCUCUUCCCUCUGUACUAUCAAUGGAAAUAAAAUCGAAAAACCCGCUAAACUUUACCAAGGUAAGAAAAGAUUACAAUGCUUUUGGCGCUGCCGGACAUUUUCCAGUAUAUAUUACAUUAUUAUUCAGUUCACUCCCCAUUGCAUGGGGCUUUUCAGUGACCGAUUAAGUCGAGUAUUACGCUUAUUUAUGUUACUUACUUAGCCUGGUUUGGUGGUACAAGUUUAAUUCCUGCUGUUAUUAUGUCUAUAAGUAUAAUUUGAUGUUAUGAACUACAGCAAAAAUGUCAUUUAAAAUGGUUCUUUUUCUCAUCAAAUCACUGAACACUGUAUUCCAUAUUCUGCGGAAUUCGUUAAUUAGGUUAGGUUAGUCUCUAUUUCCAGAAGAAAGGAUUCAUAAAUUUUGUUUAUAUUUCAGGCGAUGUUAUUGUUUUGGGGAAGACAAAUUUAUUUCGGUUUAACCAUCCGCAAGAAGCCGCCGAAUUGAGAGAAAAAAGAAAGGUACCAUAACUUGAAUAAUAAAUGCAAAAUUUUACAUACAAGUCAAGGUUUGUGGUUAGCUUGUGUAGAGCAAUAAAGUCAAUGAAAUUCUUAAAUUUUUACCAUUCCACAAUUACAUGCUUUUAUUUUUAUUAGUUUUGAAAUUUGAGUCCUUUCUGUGUGUCUGGUUCCGUUUGUCUGUCACAUUAUAUAUAGCUUUUAUUUGUUUUUGUAUUUCAUUUUUUCACUGUUUUAGACUAUGAAUAAAAAUGGUAUGAAUCGCGCGAAUAUGAUGUCGAAGUUUCGCAGCGAGUCAGAUUUACUAAGAGGUUUUAUUACAGGGUAAAUUUCUAUAUAUGUCAUUGUGAAAUUAUAGUUUAUUGUUUAUAUUCAUUGGUUGCGUAUUUUUAAUUUUGUCUUUUUCCUUACAGGAGUGAGCGCGAGGAAAAAUUGACCCGCGAACUGGAUCAAGCGAGGUGGGUAAAGGCCCGUUUACACGGGCGAUUUUUGCUGCGAUUUCAGUUGCGAUUUUCUCCUUUUGGAGCAUGCGAAGGAGUAGAUCAGUUAUAAAUUUUCCAGAUUAUGAAAUCUCAACAACAUCAUUGAGUAAUCUACUCCUUCACAUCCUCCAAAAGGAGAAAGUCGCAACUAAAAUCGCAGCAAAAAUCGCCCGUGUAAACGGGCCUUUAAGGCCUGUUUACACUUGCAAUUUUUACUGCGAUUUUAGGUGCGAUUUUGUUCUUCUGACGGAUGUGAACGAGUGGAUUAGUUAUGAAUGUUCCGAGUAUGUGCUCCCUCAUUUGAACAUUCCUAACUCAUUCACUCGUUCACAUCCAUCAGAAGAAGAUAACGCCUUUAUGCAUGUGGAUGGUGCAUGGUUCUUGCACCUCAGUAUCCAGGAUUCGAUUCCUGCAUUACACAGUUUUCUGAUCAUAAUUUUACCUCAGUCACUUGAAAGAAUCUUGAGUGCUUCCAGUUUGACUCUACCAAACAGCGCAGAUUUUCUCCAGUUUCCUCCUGUAGUAUUGUAAUAACAUUGGACGGAUAAGGAUUGGCCCUUAUUGGACCUAUCCGGAAUAAACAAAGUUAGUUUAGUUCAGUUUAAUGAGUUGUGUGUGUUUUAUUUUUCUUCAAAGGAAUCUUUUGGACAAACAGAAGCAAGACGAAUCAUUACGUCUGGAGCAGGCGAAGUAUGUUUUUGUUUUGCCUUUAUGAUUGUACUGUAAUCAUUGUUGCAUAAUUGUUAUUGCGUUUUGUACGAGUUUUUGAUGUUUAAUGUUUUCAGAGAUGAACUAGCCGCUCAGAUUCAAGAGGAAUCCAAGAGACUUGAGGAAACAAGGUACUGUCAUGCUUUUGAACGGUCUGUAUCAGUGUAUGUAGUGGCAAUAAUAAGAAAGCUUCAGGUUGAUAAGGCCAAAAAAAAAAUGUGGGUUUCCGGUUUCUUCUUAUAAAAACUUAGGUAGGGUAGGUCGGUUUUAACUUUUUUUUUUAAACUUUUUUUUUUUAAUUUUCCGAACAAGCGGACGCCAUUUUGUUUAGUCAGUGCUUCCACAUCCAAAGAUAAAUUUCCCUAAUGUUGCCUCAAAAUUUCAAUUUUCCACAAACUUUUUCCUCUAAGUGGAAACACUUACAAGCAUGAUCCAAUAAAAAAGUUUAGGGUCGGGAUUUCGACGUCCAAAAGCUAGGUAGGGUCGGGAAACCGGAAACCCACAUAUUUUUUUUGGCCUAGGGAUACAACUACCUGAAAAAUACAAGGAGAACUUUGACGUUUCGAGCGAAGGCAUUUCGUCGGGAAGUUAGACGAAGGGUCUUCGCUCGAAACGUCGAAGUACUCCUUGUAUUUUUUAGGUAGUUGCAUCCCUAUCAAUCCAACACUGUCAUGCUUUAUUCAUGAGUGUCUGUAUUGAUCUCUAGUUGAUAUUAGUGAGCUUAAGCAAGUGACGUUUUUGACAACACGAACGGCAUGAGUAACGUCAGAAGUCUGGGUCAAGGGCUGUGAUUGGUGAAAAACGUCAAUUUUACUUCCGCUCGACGUCCGUGUUGUCAAAAACGUCACUUGCUUAAGCUCACUAAUAUUGUUUAUUACUCCACAGACAAGAGCUGGAACAGCAGAGAGCAGUAGUUAGUACCCAGGCGGAAAGAGCGGAUAAAACUAGGUAUGCCAAGUCGUAUUUAGUAAAGUACUGUUAAUAAUGGUAAUGUGAUGGUUACAAUGGUGUUUGUGAUGGUAUUGGUGGUAGUUCUAGCGAUAAAGGUGGUGAUGGUAAUGAUAUUGGUAGUAAUGAUGAUGGUGGUGGUGGGUGGUGAUGAUGGUUAUUAUGAUUGUGGUGAUGUUUGUGUAAUAGCCCAUGGUGUUGUGGUAGUGAUCACUGAUGAUGGUGGUGAUUGUUAUUAUAAUGGUGUUGAUAAUGGUGGUGGGUGGUUAUUAUGAUGGUGGUGUGACGGUGAUGACCGUCGUGGUGUGAUGGUGGUAAUGAUUGUGAUGUUGAUGACAGUGAACAAGAUAAUGAUGGUGAUGGUAGUGAUGGUGAUGAUGGUGGUGUUUUUUUUACUCAUUCACAUUGUCAAACAACGUGUGUCCCUUUCAGGGCCGAAUACGACAAAUUAGAAGAAAAACACCGCAUCUCUGAGACGGAUCGUCGAAAACAGGAACUCAUUUACAAACAUGAACUUGAAAGUCGUAUGAUGAAAAUUGAAAGCCAAAAUGACGAACUUGAAAAACUUCAAGAGCAAUUCGACCAUGUUGAAAAAGUCAUGGAACGUGAAAUUGCUGAAGUGAAGGGAAAAAUUUAUGAAGAAAAACGGGCGAAGAUCGAGGAGCUUGAUAACGAGGUUAAGAGAUUGUUAUUGCUUCAGACGGAGAGUAAGAUCGCGCGCAAAGCAAGGGAGGAAGAGAUGGUAGCUUUGCAAAUGAUUUGGAAAAAAGAAACAGGGAAAUUGUCUGAGGAGAAGGAGAUUUUGAGUUCACUUGAGAAUGAUCUUAGUUUGCUGGAUAAGGAUAUUGAAGAGGUGAGAUUGGACAAAGAUUAUUUGUUUUCCACUGUGAUAAAACAGUUAUGUUCUUCCUAAAGUAAUACUAAUCCUUCUAAAAGUAAUGAGUAAGGGACGGCCCGUUACUAGACCUCAAAGAAGAACAGUUAGGAACUGCCAAUGUUAAUAUAGUUUCUAUAGUAUAUAAUUCUUUCUCUACUAAAAUUUGAACAAUAAGGAAUGCCGGAAUGGUCAAUCGAAUAUAAUAUAAUGGAGCUAUCCAAAAUAUAGUCUGUUUAGUGUAGGUUUCCUUUUGCAGUAACACUUUGCCAAUAAGGGAUAACCAUUAUUGAACCAGAAGGAAGAUCUGUUUAGAACUGAUAGAACUAUCCUGACGUAUUGUGUUGUAUCAUUCUAUUGUUAUUCUUGUGUAUUUGUUUAACAAUAGUAUACUGUACAUUAUUAUGAUUAUUAUGUACUAUUUAAAGCACGCGUAGGAGUGUUUUAUCACAUAUAAAAUACGACGCGUAGCGGAGUGUUUUAUAUGUGAUAAAACACUCCUACGCGUGCUUUAAAUAGCUUAAAAAACGACUCGUCUUAUACGAGUUCAUUGGCGAAGUAAUUUUUAAAAUAAACUUUGUCUAAACCGAGAAAAUCAAAGCUAAAGUUUAUGUAAAUUAACAUCAUUUUUUUAUCACAUAUAAAACCACGACACGCUUAUGAUUUUUCUUUGUGUUUUCCUCCUGAAUUAUUAAUGAGUUUUUUAAUAUUAUAUAUCGUACUGCGCGUUAUGCUGAUAUAUUUUUUAAACCUUUUUCAGGAAAGAACGAAAGCUGGUGAUUACGAGCAACUUGAACGCGACAGAGUAAAACUUGUGAGAAAAAUUCUAAAAUCAAAAGAACGAAUUUCAUACUUAUACAAAGAACGAGAAAAUGCUGUUGGAAAGAUACAAAAACAUCUUCAAAAUGAACGAGAAGUUUUGGACUGGGAAGUCGACGAAAACAGGAAAGACAUUCGUGAACGGAGGCAAGUAUUGGAGGAACGUUUAAACGAGUUAGAAGCUGAAAAAGAUAUUGCUGCCGAUCAGUUAGCAGAGGCUGAGAUUGAGUUAAGUAAUAAGAUUGCUGAAGAAGAUAGGAUUAUCCACGCAGCGCAAGAGCAGCUUUUUAAACUCGAGGAAGAAAUAUUACAGACGCUACGAGCUGAUAAUACGGAAUUGAAAGCGAAACAGGUUAAAUUUGAUGAGGAAAGUAAAGAAAGAAGUCUUCUGAUCGCCAAGGAAAGGCGGGAUGUUGUUGAACUGGAGAAUAAAGUUGAAAAAUUAAGGAAUAAUAGUCUGGGUGGUGAAAAUGGCAACGAGAGUGAAUUGCAGGAUGUUGAAGCUCAGUUGGAGGUGCAGAAAACACGGCUACGUGAGCUGGAAGAAAACGCAAUCGUUGAGGAAAGGAAAUCAGAAGAGCUAUUGGCUAUGGCCAGUAGAGAUUUCAAACAGAAACAAGCUAAUAGUGAAGUGAAUUUAGACGCCGAACGAACCAAGGUAGAACAGUUUAAAAACGACAAACAAAAUACCAUUAAAGAGUUUGCAAAGAAAGUUAGUCAUUUUCGAGAAAUGGUAGAAGACGCUCAAAGUAAACUUCAAGAUGAUAAAGAAAGGUUGAAGGAGUUAGAUCUUGAGGAGGAGGCACUACAUCAGAAACUUGAAGACGGGAUCGUCUCAAUUGCACGUAAACUAUCCGAGGGUAUAGAAACCGCACCGGAAGAUGUGUCCAUAGAGAGUUUAAUACAUGACUUAGAUGUGGCCAAUAAUUCCGGUCGUACGGAAGUCUCCCAAAAAGAGGAAAGUAUGAGCCGGGAGUUGGAUAAGAUAAAAAAUAAUCAUAAAGUUUUGGAGGAAAGCAUCUUGGCGGAAGAGAAUGAAAAGGAAAGAAUUGAAAAUGACUUGAAGGAAAUGCGAGAAGUGUUUCAGAAGGACCGUACAGGAGAAAAAAUGGAAAUCAUCCAAUUUGUGGAAAAAUUUGAAGGCGAGGAAUCUAUGGUUAAACCUGAGAAUGAAAGGUAUAAUUUAAGAUGAUUCGUUUGUUCAAAACAGCAUAAUUUAAGAUGAUUCGUUUGUUCAAAACCGGGAUGGAUCCAGCAUGAUCACGAGUUGUGUCGGUCAUGUGUACCGCCCGCCCAUCAUCAUAUACGGUAUUGUAAUUGUUGUUCACAGUCCGCUUAUUAUCAUGUUAUUGCUCAAAUUACUGUAUCUCAUUUUGUCUCCAUUAUUUUUUGCUUUAUCACGAUAAAUAGAACCCCCCUGCACCCUCUCUGGCCAGGGCUAGGCGGUGCACACGCCUGCCCCCACACCCCAGUAAAUCCAUCCUUGUUUCAAAACUCGACCAACUGAUAUACUUAUGUCGGUUGCCAGCCAGUUUAUAUUGUCGGAUAACUUGCAUGCCCAUAGUUACCACUGUUUUGAUAAUGUAACAAUAGAAUGAAACAGAGAUUCGUGUUAACUAAUUAAGGUUUGGGAAAACACGGAAACAUUGAGUCAAAAUCACUAUUACCAAACAAGAAUAUGUUUCUGAAUUUCUGGGGAAGUAUUCUUUCUUAUAAGCAAAUUUUAUGUCCGCAACAAUGUUUCAAGGCUGGGCAAGCCGAGGAAACUUUCAAAUUUUGAAAAUGUUGACUUGUUUGGUCAAGUCGUUAGUUUUCGUUCACGCUCAACUUAUUUAUGUAUUCUUACCUGUAGUGGGACAGACUCCGCGAUGUUUCUGGAGGUACAAAAAGCUCGCAAAGAACACGAAGAAGUCGUGUUAAAAUUGGAACUCGAGAAACAACAACUGCUGUUAGAAAACGAACGCCUGGAACGAGAAAGAUUGAAGGAAAAACAAAUUACUGAACAAGAGCGUCUGGCGCUGGAGCGAGAUAAGAUGGACGAAAUACAGACUGUGAUACGAGAAAAGGAAAGUGAACUGAGUCUCAUGAAAGAAGAAGCACAAGACAAAAUUGUCGAGUUGAAGAAAAAAUUGGAAACUUCUGAUAGGUAGGAACAAAGCUUGGUUUUCAUUUUUUUCGUGCCUAUCGUGAUGAAGUCGUAAUCCUAAACAUCAGCACUCGUGGUCACCACAAGGUCACCACGAGGUCACCACGAGGUCACCACGACACGAGGUCACCACGUGGUCACCACGCUUGCCUUUCAAUCCCUGGUCGGACCUCUACUCAAGGUCUUAAGAUAAUUGAGGAGAAAGAGCUACCUUUAUAUUGACAUCAGUAAAUGGUCAGACUGUCGCGUCUUCUCGGAUAAGGACGUUCGGAUCCUCUAACAAUUGCGCAAUAGUUGGUUAUUUUUACCGCGCGUAAGGGACCGGUCUUAAAGGAACUGCUAGGGUGGGCUGGAGUGAUUUGGGAUGGGCCAUGGAAAAUCUUUGGGCAGUUGCGAUGGGCCGCCAAUUUUUUUGUAUGUCCACGGUUGGGCCACCAAACAAAAACCCAUGCAUGUCUACUUCAAAAAAUAAAGAUACAGUAUUAAUAAUAAAAGUAAACAAAACUAUCCAAAUUAUCAAAUGCAAAUUAUGCUAUUGAAGCCAGUACUUUGUUUAUACAACAACAACAAGUGGUUGAAUCACAGCAAAUACAGCCAACUGGAGAGCAGCUCAGUAUCAAUGUGUUGGUCAAGCUUGGUGGAAUUAUGUAUGUCAGUACAGUGCCGUGUAUAUUUACAAUGUUCAUACCUGCAAGUUGUUUUUGUUAUAAAAGUGUAUUUUCCCAAUUUAGAUUGGGUGGGUCAUGAAAAUUUUUUUGUAAAAUUAGAUGGGCUUUGAAAUUUUUAUCUACAUCCUAAGAUGGGUUACCGAACUUAUUGGCAAAAUUUGUGAUUUACCUCCAGCCCACCCUAUUGCAGUUACUUUAUGACCAGUCCCUAAUACAAAUAUAUACAAAAUUUGCGAACUUCAAAGGGCUAUAUUUUCUUCAUUUUAGAACUUUUGGCAACCAAUCUUUGCAGUUUUACUCAUUCUAAGACGCUUUUUCUAGCUGUGGUGUUGGAUUUCGUUCUUCUUGCCUUGAUCAAAAUUUAGUCUACAGCUCGAAUCGCCCAUUACAUACAUAAACUUCAAAAUCACAACUGCCAGUAACUAAUAUAUUUUUAUUUCGCGUUUAGAGAAAUUGCACAUCUGCAACACAAAGUCAGUCACUAUACAAGCAUGAUUGUAAGUAUAGAUCGCUGUUUAUCCGUAUGAUUUGAACCAGGGGCGUAGGAACCUUCGAAAAGUUGUGCGGGGGGGCAGGCUUUGAGGGGCACUUUUCCCCCAAAUAGGACAUCUCCAAAUUUGUAGUUGGCGACCCCCCCCCCCCGUCGCCAAAAAAAUUUCGGUCAGUGUACCAUUUUAGGGGUCCAAAAAAAAUUUUCCGGACAUAUCCCAAAAAUAUUUUCAGGAUAAACAAAAUUUUUUUCGUAAAUACUAAAAAAAUUUUCCGGAAUACAAACAAAAUUUUCCGGAUAUACGUUUUUUUCCGCAAUUUUUAACAUUUUUCAGGAAAUAACGUACAUUGAAGUUUUCAAAAGUGCAACUUGGGUUAAAAAUACAAUUUUAAUGAAAAAUUUUUACGCACAAAAAGGGCACUUUGCUUCGGGAAAAAGGUUACUUGCCAAAACUUGGGGGGCCCCCCUGCCCCCCCCCCGGUUCCUACGCCCCUGAUUUGAACAUUUCAAAGCCGCAUAUUGAUGUACUUAAAGUUAUUGUCUCUCCUAGAACUUACCAAUCCACAACGAAUUCGAUGACGACGACGAAGAGGAUAUUGAGUUUGCAAAUUAUUUAUCACGAAACAUCAAGGUUAGUUCAGAAAUCCUUCCUCUGCAUCAAUGAAAUGAAAACAGUGAAAAUGUGUCUCCGAUGGAUUGAAAUAUAAUACAUAAAUAAAUUAAUACUUACCCUGGAUUCCAGAGCCUUCGACAGUAAAUAAUAAAUUGAAAUGUCGCGAAGGCUCUGGUUCAACGGGGCGAUUCUUUGAUUAAACCGAGCCAAUCACAAAACAGAAUUAGUGGUAAUUACUAAAACCACUAAUUCUGUUUUGUGAUUGGCGCGGUUUAAUCAAACAAUCGCCCUGUUGAACCAGAGCCUUCGCGACAUUUCAAUUUAUUAUUUACUGUCGAAGGCUCUGGAAUCCAGGGUAAUUAAUACUAAGCUUGCAAGCAAGCUGCGAGCGCUUUUUAUCCAAUCACAAUGCUCGACAGUUUACAUAACGGUGUAGUGGACUGGAACACAGGCUAGCAAAGGUCACGAUAGAUUUAGAUAGAUCCUUUAACAUGCCUUGGUCAAAAUGUGUCAUUGUAUCAAGUCCGACAUUUACAUAUCUUUUAUCCUAGAACCGUCGGGGAGGUAGCGUGGCGAGCCUGGAUGGUUCAGUUACCCCACCGUCAAUAACUCCCCCACCCACCCCCGUGUCCAAGUUCCUGGCCUCCGUCAUUCACAAUAAACGGAACACAAUUCAUGUAGAAAUACCUCGCUUUAGAAUACGAGGCAUUGGUCGAGUCUCUUAUCAUGUCUUUGAAGUCAGGGUAAGUUGUAUUUAUCUAUUAAACAACUUAGUUUUACUGAAAUGUACUAUUUAACGUACCAGGAACCUAGGAAAUUAUGUAGUAAUACAGCUAAUUCAAUAGACCAUUUCCGAAUUACGCCAAGAACAAUGUGUCAAGAACAAUAACACCAAGUCGCGGUUUUGUACCAAUAUUUUAAUAUUUUAGGUGAGUCAUUGCAAGUCUCAACUUGAUUCUAAUUUGGGAAAUCUAAAUAGCCGUUCUUGUUACAGGUCACUGUAGGGGAUGAGAUGUGGACAGUAUUUCGAAGAUAUAAGAAAUUCCGAGAAAUGCACAAUGAUAUUAAACAUAGACACCCAGAGGUGAGGAACACCGUAUACUCAUACUGUACUCUAUAUAGAUAGUACUGAUUAGAGAAUUAACGUUUAUUUGUGAUGUGUGUAGGUUCGCAACAUCAGUUUUCCACCACGAAGAUUUUUUGGCAACAGAAAUGAAUCCUUUGUUAUGCUACGGAAGGAUAUGUUGGAG